UGCGCCCAGGAUCGCGCAGCCCGUGCUUGGGACGGUCUGCCGCUGCCCGGGCGAAUCAGGGACCCCAAAGGGCGCGCGGAGCGGGGGCCUGGCAGAGCGCGGACGAGGUCAGGAGGUCGCGGGGUGCAGCGGGCGGUGGCCGAGGACCCGCGGCUCGGGUCUGCCGCGCCGCACCCGCAAAACGCGCCUGGGAGACUCGCCCGCGCCGCGCAGAGGGGGCUCCCUGCACCCCGGCCAAGUCUUUCCGAGAAAGCCCAGUAGUGCCUGGUUCAAGAUGGGGUCCCAGGUCUCGGUGGACACGGGAGCCCUGCACGUGGUGAUCGUGGGCGGGGGCUUUGGUGGGAUCGAGGCCGCCAGCCAGCUGCAGGCACUGAACAUCCCCUUCCUGCUGGUGGACAUGAAGGACUCCUUCCACCACAACGUGGCUGCCCUCCGGGCCUCUGUGGAGAGCGGGUUCGCCAAAAAGACGUUCAUUUCCUAUUCGGUGACUUUCAAGGACAACUUCCGGCAGGGCCUGGUGGUGGGGAUAGACCUGAAGAAUCAGACGGUGCUGCUGCAGGGUGGCGAGGCCCUGCCCUUCUCACAUCUCAUCCUGGCCACGGGCAGCAGUGGGCCCUUCCCUGGCAAGUUCACCAAGGUUUCCAGUCAGCAGGCCGCCAUCCAGGCCUAUGAGGACAUGGUGAAGCAGAUCCAGCGCUCACAGUUCAUCGUGGUGGUGGGCGGAGGUUCCGCUGGAGUGGAGAUGGCAGCAGAGAUUAAGACAGACUACCCUGACAAAGAGGUCACUCUCAUCCACUCUCAAGUACCCCUGGCUGACAAGGAGCUCCUGCCCUGCGUGCGGCAGGAGGUGAAGGAGAUCCUCCUUAGGAAGGGCGUGCAGCUGCUGCUGAGUGAGCGGGUGAGCAACCUGGAGGAACUGCCUUUCAAUGAGUAUCGGGAGUACAUCAAAGUGCAGACAGACAAGGGCACGGAGGUGGCCACCAACCUGGUGAUUCUCUGCAACGGCAUCAAGAUCAACAGUUCUGCCUACUCCAGUGCAUUUGCAGAGGGCCGGCUGGCCAGCAGCGGUGCUCUGCGGGUGAACGAGUUCCUCCAGGUGGAGGGCUAUAGCAACAUCUAUGCUAUUGGUGACUGCGCUGAUGUGAAGGAGCCCAAGAUGGCCUAUCACGCCGGCCUCCAUGCCAAGGUCGCUGUGACCAACCUCGUCAACUCCAUGAAGCAGAGGCCCCUCAAGGCCUACAAGCCAGGUGCGCUGACCUUCCUCCUGUCCAUGGGCAGAAACGACGGCGUGGGCCAGAUCAGUGGCUUCUACGUGGGUCGGCUCAUGGUGCGGCUGGCCAAGAGCAGGGACCUGUUUGUCUCCACAAGCUGGAAAACCAUGAGGCAGUCCCCUCCUUGAUGGGGAGGCCAAGUGGGAGACGUGUCACUGCCGCAGAUGGUGACGGACCUCAGGACAAAGGCACCCGCCUGACAAGUGCCAAAGCGCACAGGAAUAAGAUGCUAAUGAUGUGCAAUCUGGAAGGACAGCACCUGCGAGGCCAAACGUG